AUGGCCGCCAAACAUCUCCCCAUCUCUGUCUCCCAAUUUCGGGAGCAUUUUCACCGGUCAUGGUCCAAAUUUCGAAGGACUGGGAUUCAACCUCGAAAACAUGGAAUUAAAAAUGGAGAUGACUCGUUCGAUCUUCCACGCAGACUCGGACUCGCCGUCAGCGGUGGCGCAGAUUCCAUGGCCCUGGCGUAUCUGUGUCGGCAGUUGGAACAGUCUGCUGUCGCCGGGGUCAUCUCCGUGACCGCGUUCGUGGUCGACCAUCGCGCCCGCGCAGAGAGUAGCCACGAGGCGAAAAAGGUCGCUGGCUGGCUGUCUGACUUAGGCAUCAAAACCCAGGUCCUGGAGCUGGACUGGCCCCAAGUCUCUGGCAGCCAGGAUCAGUCAUCGAGCAAAAAUGCAGGAGUAUCAAUGCCAUCCGCCUUUGAAACGCAUGCACGGCGACUCCGCUUCCAGGCCCUCGGCUUGGCCUGCCGUGAGAACGGCAUUGAGACUCUGCUCAUGGGCCACCACCAAGACGACGACGUCGAGACUACUAUCUGGCGCCUGUCUUCUGGCGCACGAGGUGCCGGACUCGCGGGAAUCCCGCGAGUCGCCCGCAUCCCGGAGUGUCACGGUCUCUUUGGGGUCUCCGAGAGCGGAUCAUCCUGGAAAAUUCCCGCAGCAAAUAUCUCUCCGCAGGUGCCGGUGCAGGUGCGGUUCAAUGGGCAAAACGAAGGAAGAAUCUCAAUUUCUUCUGAUCCGGAGAGCAAAACUCCCACCACCCAGAAACAAGCACCUCCCUCCUCGCUUGCAACCGAGAUCUCUCUCGCCACAGGCGGCAUCCUCCUCUGCCGACCUCUGCUGUCCUUCCCGAAAGCCAACAUGCUCGCCACCUGCCAUGAGAACUGCAUCCCCUACGUCUCCGACCCAACAAAUUUCGAUCCCACCCUCACCCCGCGCAAUGCCAUCCGCAGCCUGCUCGCCUCCAACGCCUUCCCACGCGCCCUGCAACCAACCUCCAUCCUCUCACUGAUUCGCGCGAGUCAGGAUCUCCUCCAGACCUCCGACGAGCUCUCCAACCAACUCCUCAAAUCCCAAUGCCGCAUCCUCGAUGCCAAUCACAAGACAGGAACCGUGAUCCUCCAGAUCCUAGAUUCAGCCUCGACAGCACCACCAGAUCCCCAACUAGCCAAUCUCCCCGCCUUCCGCCUUCACCAGAUCCAAACCCUUACCCUCCGCCGCAUUACAGAAUUGGUCUCCCCUUUCCCGAGGAACCAUUUCUCACUGCGCAGCUUCGAGCCCUUUGUACCGCGCCUAUUCGUCUCAAGCAAUAAUAGCCACGAUGAUCCUCUGUCCCGCAAAAAACAAUCUUUCACUCUGGGAGGUGUGAUGUUCCAACCUCUCGCAAGAGAACAUAGCAUGCCAGAAUCUACGUCAAAGCAUGCGCAAGGAGCUGCCAAUAUCUGGCUCCUUUCCCGCCAGCCAUUCAUGAAAAACCGGUCCCCGGUGACAAAAGUCGACACCCCCAUGGCGGGCCCUUGGACGUCCUGGACUCUGUGGGAUCACCGGUACUGGUUCCGGUUUUCCGUUACUCCAAGUCUGCGCAGCCAACAAGAACAACUAUGGCACGAACGGCAAGCCCAGAGCAGCAGCAUCACCCUUCGACUACGGCCCUUCCAGCAGCCCGAUCUCCAAAAGAUUCGCGCGGGGUUCGAAGUUCCCGGAAGAAAAGGGCGGAAGAAACAUCCAGCGGCUUUUUUGAUGGAACUGCGAAAACGGCUUUCGGUUGAGGCGCCCGGUCCCGUCCGUUUUUCUGUUCCUGUACUGGCGGUGGAAAGAAGCCCUGCAACCGGAGCACAAGAAUCAGAUACUAGGGAAGAGGCCGAGCAAUUUUUAGCUCUACCCACCAUGCGCAUUUGUCUCACUGGGGACUCGGUAGACAAUACCCGCGCUGACGAAGUCGAGAUCUAUUCUGCGGGCAGGUGGUGGAUGAUAAAAUGGGAGUGCAUGUACAAAAUGAUUGAUACCCAGGCAUUGGGCCUGAUGGGCUGGUCGAUUGAAGAGGCUGAAGAAGCUAUGGUACAUGACAACAAAGGCUAG